AUGGGCUCGGCUCCUUCUCCGUUUGUCCUCCCGGCGAAUCUCAUCCCUGAUGAGGCGAACCCCGGGUGGAUGAGCAAAGGCGACAACGCGUGGCAGCUGACGGCGGCCACCCUCGUCGGCCUGCAGAGCGUGCCGGGGCUCAUGAUCCUGUACGGGGGUGGGGUGAAGAAGAAAUGGGCGGUGAACUCAGCGUUCAUGGCGUUCUACGCCUUCGCCUGUGUCCUCGUCUGCUGGGUCCUGUGGGGCUACCAGAUGUCCUUCGGCCACAAGAUGCUCCCGUUCUGGGGCAGGAUCAACGUCUCGCUCGAGCAGGACUUCCUGCUGGCCCAGGCGUUCUCGGGGAUGCUGCCGAACGCAACGAUGGUGUACUUCCAGUUUGUCUUCGCAGCGAUCACGCUGAUCCUGAUCGCGGGGGCCUUGCUGGGAAGGAUGAAUUUCAUAGCGUGGAUGAUGUUUGUGCCACUUUGGCUGACGUUUUCAUACACAUUUGGGGCAUUCAGCAUAUGGUACCCUGGUGGAUUUCUCGCUCGGAUGGGGCUAAUGGACUAUUCGGGUGGGUAUGUGAUUCAUUUGUCUUCUGGAGUAGCUGGUUUUACUGCGGCAUUUUGGGUCGGUCCACGCCUGAGCAAGGACAGAGAGAGAUUUCCUCCCAACAACAUCCUGCUCAUGUUGGCCGGUGCCGGGCUUCUGUGGAUGGGAUGGACCGGGUUCAACGGAGGCGACCCUUACGCUGUCAACAUCGACGCCUCGCUUGCGGUCAUCAACACCCACAUCUGCACGGCCACGAGCUUGCUCACAUGGCUCGUGCUCGAUCUCAUCUUCUUUGGCAAGGCCUCCGUGAUCGGUGCUGUCCAAGGGAUGAUCACUGGCCUGGUCUGCAUCACCCCGGCUGCCGGGUUGGUCCAAGGUUGGGCAGCUAUAAUAAUGGGUCUCUGCUCUGGCUCAAUCCCGUGGUUUUCCAUGAUGGUGGUCCACAAGAAAUUGGAGCUGCUCCAAAAGGUCGACGACACGAUGGCCGUCUUUCACACCCACGCUGUCGCCGGGAGCCUUGGCGGGAUCCUCACGGGGCUCUUCGCCGAGCCGCGUCUGAACCGCCUCUUCUACUCUCCCCCUACUGAUAUGUACAUAGGGCUCUUCUACGGGUUCCAGACAGGGAGGGUCCACGCAGGGUUCAGGCAGAUCGGGGUCCAGCUGCUCGGGAUCGUCUUCAUCGUCACCCUCAACGUGGUGGCGACCAGCCUGAUCUGCCUUGCGGUGCGGUUCGUUGUGCCGCUGAGGAUGUCAGAGGAGGACAUGGAGAUCGGCGACGAGGCGGUCCAUGGGGAAGCGGCGUAUGUCCUGUGGGAAGACGACAAGGCAACCAACGCCGUGCUGGGGGAAGGAUCGGCGCCCAGCGAUACAGAGAUGACUGCGACGAAAAGAAGAGGAGGGGGUCGAGCCGGGGUGGUAUAG